AGCGUAUGAACUAGUGACGCGGAGGUUCAUGGGAAAUGCGUUCAAAUAAACCAUGCAUGACGCAGAAGCUUUCUUGGCACGGGAAACUUGCUUGACGCGGGAGUUUGUUUGACGCGGGAUUUUUUAAAGAGCCAUUAUGGCCGACGCAGUACGCAUUAACGUAAUGCUUAAAGUGUAUAAGCACGAGAGCAAAAAUCAAUGUUCCAUGUUCUCUUUGAAAGAAGUACCAAUAUUCAAAAAUGUCCAAGAGUUUAAAAGCUAUUUAGUGAAAAAACACGCUGAAGAAAUAAGCCCAGCAAAGGACAUCAGCAGUUUUGACCUUGGUUAUUAUGGCACGAGAGGAAGAAAACUGACCAUUUGUACUGAGGAACACCUAAGAGAGGCCUAUUUAGCUGAAAGCCUAAACUAUGUCACAUUUUGGUUGAAGCCACAUACGCAUUUCGAAAAAACAAGUUUGCCAAAGAAACGAGAGACUGUGGACGAGGACGAAGUCAUGUGUCUUGAUUUCAAGGCGUCAAAAAACAAGAAGAAGAAAAAUGAUUCCGUCGAAGAAGACAAGUGCCUUUUCAAUAACUAUUUGUCGAGGCUACGUGAAACACAUGGCUCAGUUCUUAGCGAUUUUAAACUGAAGUGUUGGGCGUGCAGAUGACAGGGAUAGCAGUAAUCCUGGGACCCCAAUUGCCAUACCAUCUUUGCGUUUGAGCUCGAUAGCCUCGAAAACUGUAUCCAAAGCGUCUCGAAAUUCGUUUAUCCUGUAAUGCAGAAACAUUUGUUAUA